GGGGAGGCGGCCCCCCUCGGCCGCCCGCUCCGACGCGCGCCGCCCGCGCGCGCACCGCCCGCGCGCGCGUCAGCCGCGGCGGCGCCGGAGCCCGCCAUGGAGGUGCGCCUUUCGGGCACCUGCGGCCUGAGCGACGACCAUGUGGUCUCCAUUAGCGCGGGGACCACGCGCAAGCUGUCCACGGCGGGGACGCUGCUGAAGAAGCCGAUGAGGUUUCCCAACCUCCUGCGGUCGGACUGCAAGGUGCUCGUGAUCAAGGUGCUGAGGCAGGAGGCGAGCGUGCCCCUGGUGCUGCACCCUGACGGGGAGGAGUACUGCGUCGACGUGCCCCGAAGCGGCGGGGAGGCGGCCAGCCUCUUGCUGGCCCUGCGGGACUCGGGCGCGGAGGAGGCGGCCACCACGGCGGCCUCGGACGCCGCAAGCUGCGCGGCAGGCCCCGCCGAGGCCAGCGAGUACCUGGCCCAGCGGGGGGUGCUCCCGUACGUGCACCGCCUCCUGGAGGCCCUGGCGGUCAGCAGGCCACAGCGGCCGUUCGAGUUCAUGCUCGAGCAGCUCUCCAUGCUAUGCAGAGUCCCGGUGCCCGCGUCUCCAGGGUGCGCGGAGGCAAUGGCGGCCGCCGGGGAGUCGCCGAAGAGGCAGGGCAACAAGCUCCGCGUGACGCUCUCGGGCGGGAGCGCCCGGUCCUCCAGUGAUGGCGCGAGCAGGCUGGCGUGCGGGAGCGCGCAGUUUCGGGCCGACUCGAGGCAGUCGUCGCGCAGAUGGAGCAAUGGCAGCUUGAGCUUGCAGGCCGAGGUCGCCGCCGUGACGACCGCGAGAGCGCACGUGGAAGCCGCCCUCAAGGAGCUCGCAGGCAGCCUUGACAGGGCGCAGGCGGACAUCGCCAACGCUGGGGAGGCCAUCCGGGGCACGAAGAUCGCCGAGGCGCUGGAGGCGACGGGCGACCCGACGCUGGGCCCAGGGCCCGCCGGCGGCCCCCCGGACGCGACCGCAGAGGAGGAGAUGGGGUCGGACGGCUGUGACCUGGGGCCGAACGCCGACUCGCUGCCCGACACGUGGCCCAGCUCGCUGGCCAUAAGAUUGGAGGCUUCGGCGAUGUUCGAGUCUUCUGUUCUGGACGUGGGAAUGGCUGGAAGAAGUUCAGUGAUCAACAAGAGCUCCAUGAUCGCACUGAAGCGCAGUGGGAUGUCGGCGUCCAACUCUGAUCUCGUCGGCCGCUAUGGUGACCCAUCUGCGAGUAGAAGACGUAUCGUCAUUCAUCCGAAUUCUACGGGCAAAAUGAUGUAUGAUAUUUUGGGGGCUUCGUUCCUCAUGGUCGACGUCAUGGCGAUUCCCGCGCUUGUGGCGUGGGAGAUCACCCUCAGCGGUGCCAUGCUCUGGUUUGCCUGGGUGACUGCCGUGUUCUGGACAUUUGACAUCGUCGUAAGCCUUCUGACGGCCACUCAGCGGCAUGGGGAGCUGAUAUUCGACCUGAGAGUAAUCCGGCGCGACUACAUGAAAUCGUGGUUCAUGCCCGACUUCGCCAUCGUCUUGUGCGACUGGCUGACCCUGGCGGUGCUCAAGUCGACAGGCUGGAGGUACCUAACGCCACAGGCGGCGGAGCGGGCGGCGAUGGGCGGAGCAGCGGAGAGGCAGGCCGCAGGGCGGACGGGCGGAGCGGUCGGCCGGGUCGCGAGGGCCGAGGCUGGCAGAGGCAGCGGCGGAGAGGCCGCGAGGCGCGUCGGGGAUGCCGCCCAUCGUGGCAGCGCGGAGGUGCCCCACUCGGUCAGCGGUGCGUGUCAGAGCCGGGUCCUCGCAUCCCGAGACCAGUGUCCAGAGACCUGCGUGGGAACCUUGCGGGCCGACCUCGGCGAUGCUGUGUGCACGGAUCCAUUGAAGUGCGGCACUUGCUUCUGCUUCAAGGGCGCAGUUCCAGAGCCGCAGAAGGGGCCAAGCGGCGCCGAGGCCACGCGUGCGCUCCCGAAGACGCGCGCGUGCGCCGAGCCCAGCCGCAGGGAGCGCGACCACUCCGCGCGGCGUGGGGGCCUGGGCUGGGGGCGGGUAGUUCGCAGACAGGACGGCUUCCCCUACGCUCGUCUCUUCAAGGCCCUGGUCGGGCCCGCCGCGCGCUGUCGAGCGCUCGCGCGGGGGGCCCCGCGCGGCGGCGGGCGGCCGGCAGACCUUGCCGCGGCGUCCACUCCGACCUCCAAGGCGAUCGAGAUGAACAUGUCCGAUACUGGGAAAUUGCUGAUGCGCUUCAUGAAGAUGUUCGUCCUGACGCUUCUCUACGGCCACUUCAUCGCCUGCCUCUGGUUCUUCAUCGGUCGGCCCGGCAGCCUCGGAGAGGAGGGGGGAUGGACCGUGGCUGCACAGAUGACGGUGGAUAACGUGGACUUCUCGGAGCGGAGCCUCGGGUACCAGUACGCUACCAGCUUUCACUGGGCAAUGUCCCAGAUCACGCUCGGAGCCAUGGAGGUCCUCUGCACCAACAUCGUCGAGCGGCUGUACACGGUGGUGUGCCUCCUGUCGGGCCUCUUGUUCGGGAGCACGCUCGUGUCCAGCCUCUCCGCCAUGAUGCUCGAGGCCCAGAUGGACAAGCGGGAGAACCACCUCAAGAUGCAGCAGAUGCGGAGGUACCUGCGGGAACAGCGCGUCGACCGUGUCAUCGCGGCGCAGGUGGAGAGGCAGUUGGCCGACCGGCUCGCGACGAGGGCGAAGCUCACGCAGGGCGAGGUCAGCGGCUUCAUCAAGAUAUCGGCGUCCUUGCGCGCGCAGCUGCAGUUUGAGUUGUUCGUGCCUCAUCUCAAGAGCCUGCCGCUGUUCCGCCUCUGGAUCAGCGUGGACACCGCCUUUGUCCGCACUUUCUGCCGCGUGUGCAUGAGUUUCAAGUACCUUCCGCAGCAGGACGACCUUUUCCUGUCGGGCAACGAGGCCACGUACGCGUAUUACUUCUACAGCGGCAGGAUGACGUACACGCAGCACCCCGAGACGUCUCCCGUGACGGAGACGUACAGCCGACGUGUGCACGUCGAGUCGUGGCUGGCAGAGGCGGCGCUGUGGACCAUCUGGACCCACGUCGGCACCGCCGUGGCUGACGAGUACACAGAGGUGGCGCAACUGGACGUCCAACAGGUCGCGGACGUCCUGAAGCGUGUUUGUCUGCUCUCUGCCGUCGCCAUCAACCAGCUCACCCUCGACUACUGCAAGAGCUUCCACCACCACCUGCAGGCCGCCAAGCCACCCACGUCCAGCUGGCCAGACGACCUGCAGGUGCCCAUGACGGAGUGGCACGACAUGGUCCUGGCCAUGAACAGGGAGUCGCAGACUGUCAUCGGCCUGGACGCCCUGAGCCAGGCCACCCAGGGGCGCACGUCGUGGAUCCGGCCGGUGAGGGGGCUCCACGAGCUCGGCACGGAGGUGGAGACGGGCAAGUCCACCGUGAUGCUCACCGCCGAGGGAGAGCUCCAGCGGGUGACGUCCCUGGUUGUCUUCAAGAUCUUCAACAGCCACGAGAACUUGCUUAUCCAGAUCGGGAAAGAGGAGUCCGGACGCAUGAAGCCCUCGUGCCAGCUCCUGGGGGGCAAGCAGGACCGGGGCGAACUCGUCAUCGACACGUUCGAGAGGCUGCUGCAGAGCAAGCUGACGAAGAUUGCGAACUACGUCGAGGUCAUCAAGACCGAGCGGGAAACUGAGACGAAGGAGUCGAAGGAGUUCGGCAUCAACACGAAAUACCUCCGCAACAUUGUCCAUGCCAGGCUGAACGACGACAUCGAGCUCGACGACAUCAGGCACGGCAUCGCGGCCGCCGUGACCGCUGCCGCCGUGACCGCCGCGGCGCGCGUCGGUGCUGAGCUGAUCGGGGGCUGGGCUGCAGAUGGAGCUGGCGAUGACGAGGACGCCGAGCUCGCCCUGCGGCUUCGGGCCAUCAGGUCAGCCCUGGCGCGCCUGAUCCGCGGCGAGAGGGCUUCGGGCGCCGAGCGGGCGACUCGGAACCUCGGGGCCCGCGCCUUCCUCGGUGAAGGCGCCGAGGUCCUCGAGGCCGCGCUCGAGCGGCCGCAGGCCAACCAACGCCGUGGGCGGUCUGGCGCCCUCGCCCCAACGGAUCGGGGGGCUCUCAGCCGUCCUGGCCCUGAGGCGGGAUGGCGACCCAGCCUGGAGGCGAGGCGCCGCAGCAUGGCGCCGCCCACAAACGAGUGCGGCUACAACGGCGAUGCGAAGAACGACGAUGACGGUCACCAGCAGCACGUGGACGAGCAGCUGCACGUGCAGCUGCAAAACCAGUACGAGAUCAAGUACGGCGUCGGCGACGACGAGCUCGAAGGCUACGACAGCGAUCGCGGGCCCGAUGAGGUCAGGUUCGGGUCCAAGCCCGAGUUCGGCGAGUGCGCUGGCGACGGAGCGCAGGACGAUGACGCCUGCACGGGCGAGGACGGUCUCGGCUCGGGCGGGGUGCAGGCGCCCCUCGGCACCCAGCACGACGAGCCGAGCGAUGUGCAGGACGAGGGCGAGUACGAGGAGUGUACGGACGCGAACCUGGGCGCCGGCGUUGGCGCGGCGUCGAGCCCCGCCAAACCAGCGUCGGUCAGGCGGCGGCAGAGGCGCGGCCGUCGGCCCACGCGGGAAGGACCGACAGCGUCGGCCGCCGUACCGGCGAGCGCACGGGCACCCGAGGCGACGGAGGCAGCCGAGCCCGCCAAGUGCACAGCAUGGAGAACGGCUGCGCGACGGGGGAGGGCCGCGACCCGCGGCGCUGCCUUCGUCCUGGCGGAUCGUGCGCGGUCGGCGCCUGAGGCGGUUCCUCCACCCCUCGCCUCUGGCGCGCAGUGGUGGCAGUGGGCGCUCGAGGAGCUCGGGCGGGAUGGCGGCCCGAAGGCACCCAGCGCCUGCCCACCGACCACGGCGGCGAAGGGGGUGGAGUGCGAGAGGGACUCGGCCGAUGAUGGUGAGGCUGCAGAUGAUUGGCCUCUUGGCAGCGACCCGUCAGAGUACGCUGUCAAGCACGACUGGCGCAUGCAGCCAGGUGUUGCGCAGCAGGACCUCCGGGAGAAGGUCGGGAUCGGCUCCGCGGGCCCCGCGAGGGAGGUGCAAUUCGAGGUGGAGUGCACGCGGGCGGACUCCCAGCGGGUCCAGGGGCACGAGUCGGAGGCCCAGGACAUGGCUGCAUCGGAGCCCGCUCUCGCUGAGACGCCGAUGCGCGUGGGCACCCGGGCUGUCUCCGAGCCGCAGUCCGACGUCAACCAGCAGCGCGACUCCGAGCAGCCCGAGGAGCAGCAGCAGUUCCCUUCGGAGCGGGCGGGGCUCGUGGCGCUGCGGGCCAGAUACAACGGGCUGAUGGUCUGCCGAGCGCGGUGCCGCGCGCUCGUGGCGCCAGGCAGGAUCGAGGGUCGCGAAUGCCUGCGACGAGCGUGCGAGCUCCGAGGGGAGAGGGGCCCCAUGGCGUAG